AUGUGGACCUCAUCGAAACCUCGAACGGGAAUCAGGGUGGACGGACAACCGAUAGAACCCAUCGAUGAGUUCUGUUACAUGGGUUGUGUGCUGGAGAAAAACUGCAGCUAUGAGAAAGACACACUGCAAAGAUGCACUAAGGCCAUUUAUGCAUUUAUCUCCUUUGUCGACCAAAUCUCCAACGAAGUCAAGCUGUUAGUCUACCUAUCCACGGUUCGCCUCAUCAUGAUGUACGGAUCGGAGACUUGGGCGGCACCAACUACCAACUGCGGUGAUGAACAGGAGUUUGUCGAUUUCAAGCUAGAGGAGGCCAUGUGGGCGAAAACGGAAAUCUCUGACAAAGCUGGUGAAAGAGGACCUGAGGACAUUCGGUGUGGAUAG